UCGGCCCCUAGUCCCUGUCUCUGUUCAGUCGAGGGGAUUUUGAAAAAGAGUUGGUCUUCUCGAUGUAGGGCAUGCUAUGACCGCUUCAUUACUCCUUCAUUCGCACUGGAUUGACCCGGUGAUGUUCCUCUACGACAACGGCUUGGAUGAAAGAAGCAAGAACAUGGAAGGAUUUACUGGAGGCAAUUUUGCUGCAAACCAGUGCAGGAAUUUGUUGGCGCAUCCAACCUCACUGGCUCCGAGCACCACCUACGCUGCGAGUGAGGUGCCAGUCUCUGGCAUGGGGGAGCCUGGCAAGCAGUGCAGUCCCUGUUCUGCCAGUCAGAGCUCGCCCAAUGCAUCUUUGCCUUAUGGAUAUUUUGGCAGCAGUUAUUACCCAUGUAGGAUGUCACACGGCAGCGUGAAGGCUUGCGCGCAGCCCUCUGGUUAUGGCGAUAAAUACAUGGACUCAUCAGUUUCUGGCGAGGAGUUCUCAACCAGGGCAAAGGAAUUCGCGUUUUAUCAGGGCUAUUCCUCGGGUCCUUACCAGCCGAGCUACUUGGACGUCCCUGUCGUACCUGCGCUGAGUGCUCCAUCUGAGCCAAGACAUGAGUCUCUGCUGCCCAUGGAGCCCUACCAGCCAUGGGCCAUCACCAAUGGUUGGAGUGGUCAAGUUUACUGCUCCAAGGAACAGCCACAGUCAAAUCCUCUGUGGAAAUCCUCGUUACAAGAAACAAUAUCAGGUGGAGACAGCUCUGUCCGCCGUGGGAGAAAGAAACGCGUGCCAUACACCAAGGUGCAGCUCAAAGAACUGGAAAGGGAGUACGCCGCCAAUAAAUUCAUCACCAAGGACAAAAGGAGGAGGAUAUCCGCGCAGACAAAUCUGACAGAGAGACAAGUGACAAUCUGGUUUCAGAACAGGCGCGUAAAGGAGAAGAAAGUCGUCACAAAAUUCAAGAGUUCCAGUUAGCUCUGGAGAUACUGAAACAGGAGGUGAAGGGCCUUCAUCUAAGAAAACUGUGCUAUAAUUUAUUACAUUAUGAACGGGUUCUUUGUCGCCCGAGCGGCUCUGUUUCGACCUACACAUUUCCUUCCUGACGUUUUAAUUGGAACCAGUCGAUGCGGCCUGUUGACAGAAGAUCGGAAAUGGUUUGCAACAUGUUGACCAAGGCGAUUCUGCGAUGGAUGCAUGCUCUCUUUAAAAUAUUCACCAAGCAUUAAGACAUUUGGCCUUGAAAGGCACUACACACCCCCGAGCAAUCCUGCGCUUUUAAUCCACUUAAUUUAAUCCAGAAUUUGAGACUAGAUCAGUUACUAUAUUCGUCUUUAGUGAUGCAGUGGUAACAAAUAGGUGGCCAUCAACUUUCAGUCGCCUUCACCUAAACCUUCAGUCUGUGAGCAUUACAAUAAAAACAGGCCAAGAUGAACACAUAAAUAACACAACAUGAAUUUUUUAAAUUAUAUUUCUAGCUGCUCCUAUCAUUCAGAGAACAAAUACAAUAUAUCUAGGCCUACUUUGUCCUUGCGGAGGAAAUAAAGCCUCCAACGCUUCUUAAUUCAAUUAUUUAGAUACACUUCAUUUCACAGUUUGGAGCCUGAAAAUCAGAGUUUACACUUUAUCCAUGCUUUCCAUUUAAAUUAAGUCUCUGUUGUUUAAUCGGCUUGUAUCUGAUAAAACGUAAUCGAACGUGAAACUAGCUUGAGCAUUUCAAUAAGUUUGCCCAACGUUGUCCAUGUCACUGUCGCUUUUUCCAAACACAGGGUUUUUACUCAGAAUAACUCUCUGACCUAAUAAAACUGACCUAUGCAAUUUCCACCUGUCAAGUCAAGAAGAGUAGCCUACUGAAAACGUAAGCAUAUUUAAACUUGUAAAUACUAUCUGACUGCAACUAUCUAUUCUCCCUUUUAUGACUGCAAUAGCCAACGUUUUUGACAAUAAAUGUUUGAGAGACGCA